AUGCAUGCGUCGGUGGUAGAAUCCAUAGUAGCAGACGCGCACGUUGAGGUCCUGAUUCCUGCAACGGAUUCAACCGAUGCAGAGGACAUCUUGAAAGCCCCAGCCAGGGACACAGUGUUUUACGACGAGACUCUCCACUGCUAUGUCCUAUUCAAACCUUCUCAGGCGCCUAGUGCCUCGAAGGUAACUGCAGCGAUGCUCACAGACAUCGCCAGUCGCGGUUUGGAUCUGCAUGUAGUUGUCAGUAUAGGCGACAUUGAUGAAGCAGACUCUACGAUCUCGGCCUUCUUGCCUGCUACCCCCAAAGCGGCUCCUCCCGCCCCACCGCCAGCUGCCCACCAUUUGGGCGCGUUUCCACAUAGAAACCGUUCAGCAACCACCGGCCCUCCCGUCCCAUUAAAAGGAUCUCCAGCUCCUAAUUCUUCUAAUUCUGCUGGCUACUUAGCGAGCCCAGCACUAAAGAGGAGGACUACAUCUUUGAAGUCUGGUCAGAUCUCAUUAGGGCCGCUGGAAUCGCAACCUUUAAAGAGGUCGCCUUUGUCCUCAGCAGUUACACCUACAACAGAAGCAAAAGAUGAGGAGAUUCUUUACUCUUUCGUGUAUAACGCGGUGAAUGGGGAACAAGAGCCGAUUGUCUUACCGGAGCAGCGAUGUUGUCUCUUUCCGCUACGACUUCCGAUAGCAAUCCUAAAAGCCAGAUCAAAAGAUAUUGGAUAUAGUAUAAUCGUUAGAAUUAGUUUGAUAUCCAAAUCAACACAGCAGUCGCCACCCAGAAUGCGAGACGCUGUCCUAUGCGACCCCGAAGACUUCGAUGCGCCAAAUUUGCUGGCAGGUCUAGCAAAUGACACUUAUUUUAAUCCGGAGGGAAUACCGGUACAUCGUUUACCGAAUCACCCCAAGCGACCUUCAUUAACACCAGCAACGCCAUUCCCACGUGUGAUACAAAAAUGCAUCCCUGUUCAACCAAUACUUGAUAUAACGAUUAAUAUCGUUGACGCCGGCCUUGAUAGUAUGUUGAUGUCACUGGCGCUAGAAAAUAAUGUUGGCGAGGAUAGUGAAUUUUGCAUCGAGUCUCUGAAUGUGAAUAUGACAAAUGCUAUCAUUUCGCCUGUUGAUGAGACUUCAAUCAGGAGCGAACCGCUUAAAACACAGGAUGAGCUCCACCUUCUCUACAAUGUUGCAUUACUUGAGGAUGCUUGUAAGGAAACACCUGUAGAGAGCACCACAAGUCCACCCGGAAGUGCCAUGACCUCUCGAAUGGCAUCUUUCGCGUCAUUAGGGACGGUCAAGUCCAUUGGAGCCGUUAUAACGCCAAGAAUCAAGCGGCUACUUUCGAUAUCAAUCAAGGGGACGAGCUCGCUCGCUGGCUCCCGCGGACAGGUUAUCGGAGCUAAAUGGUUCACCCAGCUUCUUUUUGGAGGUGAUUCUGAGAGCAAAACGCUGUUGGACGUGGUGCCUUUAUACGGAAGGAAGAAUGCUAUGCCGAAAGAAAUCCGGAUUUUGAAUGAAAAAGAAGGAGACGGAUUGCAACUCUCAUUUUCCAUUGCAUCACAAGUAUAUCUCCGCCACAUCUUCACCGUUCAGGCAUUCUUUGUCAACCGCUCCACAAAGACGAGAAAUUUGAACCUAAUCAUACCGACGAAAGCGACUCCUAGUGAUACAUCCGCCCCGUCCCUUACUCGUAGUCAUGACAGUGGAAUCAAUCUGCAUAUGGAAGAGGAAGAGUUUUUGAGACGCUACCUGGAAAUGGAAAAGCGCGAAGCCUCGCUCGUAUGCUUAGAGCAUAGUAUUCAGCUAAGCGCACUCCAUCCGAACACGUGUCAAACAGUCAAUCUGCAUUUUGUCGCUAUUAAAGGAUUAGUUCACACUAUUGAAGAUAUACAGCUGAUUGAUAGAGACAGCGGGGGUGUUAUGCAUUUGCGAAAUGUGUUGGAAAUCCACGUCCUGAACCCAAAUACAUAGAUCUCCCUACGUUGUGUCCGGAGUUUCAUGUGGCGAAGCCGCCGCGCGCCGGGACCCCGUCUACCCAGUUCAAAAGUACCGUUGUUUUUUG